UCAAAUCCAUAUUUUGUUUUUAAUCAACGAAAGCUCGGGUGAGUUAUGGAUCCGAGAAUCUGGAGCAGGCUACCUCAGGAACUCCUCGAGCUCGUCCUCUCGUUCUUGCCUCUCAAGACCUUCUUGAACCUCCGAUCGACCUUACAAUGAGAGGUUCGCUCUGUACGACUCUAUCCACGGGAUUUGGUGCGGUUCCUCGCUCUCUCCCUUGCAGUUGCUCCCAAGCCCUUCAAGAACAUCUACACUCGUGUCCACCUCCAAUGGCCUCUUCUGCCUCUCCCUUCCGAGCUCGUCAUCCUUCGUCGUCUGCAAUUUCAUGACCAAGUCCUUGAGGAAGAUCGACUUCCCCACAUUCCCCUUUUCCUUUGAGCACCUCACCUUCGUUUCCGCCCCGCUCGGCUACAAGAUAUUCAUCACCUCCAAUGCUACUGCCUUCCUUUAUGACUCGAGAUUCCACUCGUGGAGGCGGUUCCGGUUUGACAGCCCUGAUUUCAUCCUGAGCGAUAGCUCCUACCAGGAAGGUGUCUACUUCGAUGGUUCCCUCUACUUCACCGUGUCAAACCGUGGCCCAUCCUCAAUUGUCUGCCUCGACCCAGAGAGCGGGAAGCUGGAGCCUCAGGUCUCCGAUCUGCCCCAGAACAUCACCUUUACGAGGCUCGCCAACGACGGAGAGAGGAAGCUGUAUUUGGUGGGUGGGAUAGGGACUAAUGGCAUCUCCAGGGCGAUGAAGCUGUGGGAGCUGAGUGGCGAAGGCAAGAGGAAGAGGUGGGUCGAGGUCGAGAGCUUGCCCGAGCUGAUGUGCAGGAAGUUCAUGUCUGUCUGUUAUCACAACUACGAGCACGUUUACUGUUUCUGGCACCAAGGAAUGAUCUGCAUCUGCUGCUACACAUGGCCUGAGAUUCUGUACUAUAAGGUCAGGAGGAGGACCUGGCAUUGGCUCCCAAAGUGCCCAUCCCUGCCGGAGAAAUGGAGCUGCGGGUUUAGGUGGUUCUCUUUUCUCCCUGAGUUUUCUGCUGUCGUCUGAGUUACAGUCCGUCUUUUGGUUUCUUCUUGAGGCAUCUAUAUUUCUCCUGGUCCAUAGAAAUAAUUGCUCUUUCUCGAUGAGCAUUGCGGAUGUACCAUAUGUAAAUUUCUAGUUAUAUAUGGAGAUUUUAGAAACAGUUCUCUGGAAUUCGUUAUUGAAAUGCUAAACUGUGUCCCGUUCUGUCUAA